UUAACUUGAAAUAAUCUCCUCCAUCGCCUCCAUUUAUAUAUUUAUAAUAUAACUAUUAUAUAGAUAGUUACAUAUGGCAAAGUGAAGAAAUCAUGGCUAAGAAAUUAAGAGAGAUCGAUGGCAGCUACAGUGGUGAGUUCUCUGGUGGAGAAAUUGCAGCUGUUAAUUAACGAAGAGGUAAAGCUAAUAACAGGUGCAGUAAAGGAAGAGUUUCAACGUUUGCUGGAACAAGUUGAAAGGCUACAAGACUCCGUCGGGGGUAUAAUUUCUAAAAAAGAAAGCGACAGCAAGCGGCUUAAAAACUUGGAGAAGGUCAUUCGAAGUAUAGUAUAUGAAAUUGAGGAUGAGAUUGAUGAAUUCCUGCUUCAGGCGAAGCUGCAGCAAGAGAAAAAUCUCUUCGGAAUAAAAUGCUUGGACUUUGACCGCGGCGAUAGAGUCCAGGAUCUUUCAAGCAAGAUCGACAGCAUCCUUGAUAGGAUUAAUCGAUUUAUUCAUGGCAAAAAUCAUCCCGACGCUAAGCGAGUCCUGAUUGAAGAUAUGCGCCGUGAGGCGCGUGACGUUCUGCCUAGAAAAGACGGUCCCUCUGUCGAACCGCAGGAUGCUUGGCUCGAAAAUAACGAAGUGGUCAGAAAUAACGAAGUGGUCGGUUUGGAUGAGGAAGCAAACAUAGUGAUCCACCGACUGGUUGAAGGAACAAAUGAGCUAGAUGUUAUCCCAAUUGUGGGUAUGUUUGGGCUUGGCAAAACCACACUGGCAAUGAAAGUCUAUCAUGAUUCCCGAAUCCUGUAUGAAUUUUUCUUUGUCAUUUGGAUUUAUGUUGGCCAAUCAUACAACUUGAAGGAUAUCUUUCUGAAAAUUCUCCGUUGCUUCAUGAGACGCCUCGAAGAUUAUCAUGAUAAGGAUGUGAAUGAAUUAGCUCAGAUAAUACAUGAUUUUGUUGCAAAAGGAGGUAGAUGUCUUAUUGUCUUGGACGACGUAUGGGACUCACAAGUUGUGAACUCUCUUGUAUCAGUUUUUCCGAAAAACAAUAAAGGCCACCGUAUCAUGAUGACCACUCGCGAUUUAUCAGUGGCCAAGUGUUGCAGUCAAAAUCCUCAUGAUAUGAAAUUUCUGAGUGAUUAUGAAAGUUUUGAGUUGUUGAAUGGAAUAAUUUUUGGUGAGGAAAGGUGUCCUGUUGAGUUGGAAGGAUUUGUAAAAAGCAUAGCUCGAAAGUGUAGCGGAGUACCACUUGCAAUAUUGACAAUUGCAGGAACAUUAUUACGUUGCACAAAAGUAAGUGACUGGCAAAGAGUUGAGAAAAAGGUGGAGCAGCAUCUUAUGGAUAGAGGAGAUCCUUCAAGCUGCUUGAAAUUUGUAAACACAAGUUACACUCUAUUGUCCGAAGAAAUGCAAGCGUGCUUCUUGUAUUUUGGUGUCUUUCCUCAAGCCUUUAGUAUUCCUGCUUGGAAAUUGAUUCGGCUAUGGCUUGCUGAAGGUUUAAUCAAGCCCAAUGGUUCACAAGCCCUUGAGGAGACAGCAAAGAUUUAUUUGAACAACCUUGUCAAUAGAAAUUUAGUGACAGCGUUACAGAAGAGUUGUGAUGGUAAUGUAAAAACAUGUUGUGUUCAGGGCAUGUUGCAUCAGUUCUGCAAAGAGGAAGCUAGUAGCAAAUGGCUUUUUCAAGAAGUACGUCCAACACCAGAUCAGGCUAUUCUUACAAUACAAGACCCAGUUGCUUCUCGUCGAUUGUGUAUUCAAUCCUCUGCUUUGAAUGAUUUUCUCUCCGCAGAACCGCUCGCAGAGCAUGUUAGAUCUUUUUACUGUUUUUCCUCAGAAAAAAGGCAAAUCGAGUUGUCUGGUAACGACAUCCAACUCAUCCCCAAAGCUUUUCCAUUGAUCCGGGUCUUGGACAUUCAAUCCUUCAACUUUGUUUUUUCCAAAGAUGAUUUUAAUAGGUUAUUUCAUUUGAGGUAUAUUGCUAUCUCAGCUGACAUUAAGUCUCUUCCCAAAUCCUUUGGUAAAUUUUGGAAUUUACAAACUCUUAUACUCAAUACAAGUACGUCGAAGUCCACCCUUGACAUAAAAGCAAACAUAUGGAAUAUGUUACGGCUAAGGCAUCUGCACACAAACAUUCCUGCCAAAUUGCCAUCUCCUCCUCAUAACCCAAAGGGUAAAGCUUCUUGCCUACAAACACUUUCUGUGGUUUCACCGGAAAGUUGCACAAAAGAUAUACUUGCAAAAGCUUGUAAUCUCAAAAAACUGAAAAUCCAAGGGCGAAUGAUUGAUUUUCUUGGAACUAGUAAGGGUGGAUGGUGCAAUCUUGAAGAGUUGAAGUGCCUGGAACAUUUGAAAAUGUUGAAUGAUAUUCAUUCCUGGGGUAAAACACUUCACAUUCCUCCAUCAUUCUUCAAAUUUUUACGUACACUGAAGAAGCUAACUUUGUCAAACACAAGGUUUGAUUGGAGUGAGGCGGAAAGAUUGGGGCAGUUGGAAUGCCUUGAGGUCCUUAAGUUGAAAGAAAAUGCAUUUGCAGGAGAGUCCUGGAGACCGGAGAGAGGAGGUUUUAGUCAACUCCAGGUCUUGUGGAUUCAAAGGGCAGAGUUGGAAAUUUGGGAGGCUUCAGAACUUCAUUUCCCAAGACUUAGGCACCUUGUUCUUAUAUGUUGUGAAAGGCUUCAGGCUGUGCCAUGUGAGCUGGCUGGCGUACCUAGCCUUCAAGAGAUGAAUCUGGAGCACACACGUAGAGCAGUCAAAUCAGCUAGAGAAAUAGAGCGCAAGAAAAUGGAUAGCACCAAAUUCAAGCUCACCAUAUUCCCUCCUGAAGCUGAGUAGUACGAGCCCACAUACUGAAGGGGAGAGAUCCAGGCAUGACGUUUCUCAGAGCCAGGGAUCAUGGACAAAUAGAACUUCCUCUAAUAAGGAGUCGCCGCAUUUCAUGUUUGUAUGCAGUCUGUUCAUAACUCAUUCCAACAAAGAACCUGUUUGUGUUAUAUUUAUCCAAUCAUUGUGAAGUUGAAAACUAUCUGUCUGUGGUUCUGGAGGUUGAUCACUGUUGGCUUGAAUCGCCUUUCUACUUGUUACAUUUCCAGUUCACCCAUAAGUAUUUACUUUCUGAGUUGUAAUAGAACUUCCAUCUUUUUCCAUUUUUUGUUGUCUCUGUAUUGCUUUACUUCACGAUUUCUUCUCUGUUUAAGCAUGGGUACAACUACCAAUACUUGAUGA